AAAGUACCUGGAGGGGAAAGAAGAACUCAAAACAUUCAACUCAACAGAAGAGUCAAAAAUGACCAUAUCUUGGGAUGCUUAACUCCCUCUGGUGCCAAAGGCAUGGAAGAGAACAGGAAUGUCAGCCCAGUUCAACAGUUUCUGGGCAGUAGUGGAAGGAAAGAAGAUGAACAGCAGCAGAGCCCAAGCCAACACGCUUUGUAUUGUGGGUCAUGAUAUCACAUACACUUACAAAAAGGGGCAGCACUCGCAAUGCAAAUCUAGAAUGUGGUUGAGGGGUGCAGAGAUACCUCCGAUGAAGGAAUGCAAGGUUGUUAAGAAAAAAUGAACAGCAACUCUGUCCCGGAGAAAGAGAGGUUGUGAGAAAUCAUAGAAUCAUAGGGUUGGAAGGGACCUUGGAGGUCUUCUAGUCCAACCCCCUGGUCCAGGCAGAAGACUCUUACCAUCCCAAUCAAAUGGUUGUCCAGCCUAUUUUUAUCCAUAAAAAUAGUAUCCAUAGCAGGAACAGCCCAUCCAGAGUUAAACUGGGAGGCCCUUGAACCAAGUAGCCCAUGUGGUUCCAGUAAGGGGACCAAGGAUGGUCAUGCAUUGCCAUCUCCCCCCAUCUCAGGAAGCUAGAUUUGGACAUCAGGAAGAAGGGUCUCCAAGAAGAUCUCUUUUCAGAUCUGCUAUCACACCGCUUCAACCCUGCUGCGCUUUGAUGGCAGCCUGCCAUAAAAUUUGGGCAGGGGAGAUGUGGGAGGGGGGAGACAGGGACAGGGUGAUGAUAGGAACCAGAAGUGCCAACCAAGGACAACGGUUGAACGAUCCAAGGAAAGGAAUGCGAAUGCCCACCAAAGAGGCACCAAAACAACUAAUUUGACCCAUAUAGAAUAGAAUAGAAUAGAAUAGAAUAGAAUAGAAUAGAAUAGAAUUUUUUAUUGGCCAAGUGUGAUUGGACACACAAGGAAUUUGUCUUGGUGCAGAUGCUCUCAGUGUACAUAAAAGAAAAGAUACCUUCAUCAAGAAAAAGGAAAGGGAUUCAUUGAUUCACCCUAUGAAUUAUGGACUUCCUGCUUCUGCUUCUGCUGCUGCUGUUGUCCCAUCCAGUCUCUGGGAAGCUGAGAAUGAAAUGCCCGCUGAGUUUGGAGCACCAGGAUGGAAAACAACCACAGAGCUUUUACAGCCCAGGAGACCAUCUCAUUGCUAUAGUCAUCAGUGGAGAGGAAAUAUCACACGUAAAGUUGCUUUUCAACGUGGCUCCUUCUUUUCAGUUUGUUUUCCGUGAUUCGAAUGUUUAUGGUUUUUCAUACGGCUUACGAUUCAUUUUCAACAUUCAACUGAUCAACAAGAAUUCCCAGUUCCUGCACAAUCUCACACUGGGCUACAACAUCCAUGACAACCAUUUUAGCACUUUCCGCACUUCAGAUGCCUUGCUGGACAUUCUCUCCACUGGAGAAGCCAAUGUCCCCAACUACAGCUGUGGAAGGAAGGAGAACCUUCUGGUUCUUCUUGAUGCAGCUGCCAAGGCCAUCUCCAUCCAGAUGUCAACAUUAGGAGACACCUACAAAGUCCCACAGAUCAGUGCUACCAUUGUUUCAGAGGCUCUGAGUGAUAAAAGGAAAUUCCCCUUUUUCCACCAGAUGUUCCCCAAAGAAGGAUUCCACUACCCACAAAUUGUCCAACUGCUCCUCCAUUUCCGAUGGACCUUCAUUGGCCUCUUUGCUUCAGACACAGAGAAGGGAGAGAAAUUCAUGAGGACUUUCACUCCUAUGCUUAUCAGGAAUGGAAUUUGUGUUGUUAUAUCACAACAAUUUUCACAAACUGAACAUGCAGCCCCCCUCGGGGAGGCCCUCUCUAAGUGGAGGCAAGUCAACGUUUUUGUUCACUUCAUAGAAGUUGAUUCCAUCUGGGACAGAAUUCUUCCUUUCCAUGAAACGCUUCUACGUUUGCCAGAACCCAUUGAAGGGAAAGUCUGGAUCCUCACAAAUUUUCUAUGGUAUGAAAUAAAGAAGCACAGACUUCUCAAAUACAUCCAUAGUAUUUGGAACUUUGUUUAUCUGGGAAAAGAAAGGCCAAUGGAUGAGGCCUUUGAACCCUAUUUCUUUCUGGAAGAAAAGUUUCAAGAUCCUUAUUUUCGCUGUUCUCUUUCAAAGAACGUCUUUUCUGCCAAAGGCCGCAGAAGAUGCACCCAGAAAGCCCCACUGGAGACCCAGGAGAAAAGGAAGAGGAAAAGGAUCCCAAAUCACUAUCAACAUUACACUAUACUGAAGACUCUGGCCCAGGCCUUGAAUGCUGCUUAUUCCUCCAGAUCGAGGAGGGGAAGGAAGGAGGGAGAAAAGAGGCUGGGGUCUCCAAGGCUGCAGCCGUGGCAGUUUCAUCCCUUUCUGAAGAAGAACCAGUUUUUCAAUAUUUCUGAGAUAAAUCUGUACUUGGACCAAAAUGGAGAGAUAACAGCAGAUCUGGUCAUUUUCAGCUGCUUGGUUCUCCCCAAGGAGGAUCCCAAGGAAGAAUAUCUGGCGUAUUUUCAAAGACAGAGAUUUAAUCUCAACCCAGGUGCUCUUUCACUGCUAAAGUUGCUCAAUAAGUCCCUGCCUCAGUCCAGAUGUGUGGAAAAUUGUCAUCCUGGGUUUGUCAAAAGGGCUCGAGAAGGAGAGCCAGUUUGCUGCUAUGACUGCGUUCCUUGUCCAGAGGGGACCUUCUCCACUCAGGAAGAGCUUUUUUCCGCUGGUUCUCGUGCUUUGGAGGCACAAGGAAGAAGGCGAGGGGUCCAGGAGCUGAUGCUCCAACCUGCCAAGUGGAGGAAGGCACCGAGGCUCCCGAGAGAAAGUCAGUCACUUUGAUCGUGGACGUGGAGCUCCG